UUUCUCACAUGCAUUAGGUGAUUUUUUUAUGCUUUCAAGCUUGUUUGAAAAUUAAUGUGGAAAAUGAACUCAUCAGAUUGAAAAUGUUUUUAGGAUCUCUGCCAAGGUUUUAAAGGGAACAUGAUUCACGUUUUCAACAAGAAUGAAAAUGCAAUCCACGGUUCAGAUUACUUUGAGAACCUGAGCCACAGGUCUAACAUAGUUCUGAUGGGUGAUUCUCUUGGUGAUCUUCACAUGGCUGAUGGUGCCUCGGAUACCUCCAGUGGUCAGGAACCAUGCAAACUCACAAUUGGCUUUCUUAAUACUAAUGUGGAAGAACGUAUUGACCAGUACCAAGCACAGUAUGAUAUUGUGGUCAUCAGUGAUGAGACAAUGGAUGUUUGUAAUGCAAUCCUUCAAAAAAUACUGUAAUUUAUUAAAACAGGGGACAUGUUUUAACAUGCAAAAUGUGUAGCUAAAAGCUUGUUUAAAACAAAUUGAAUGCAAAAAAUAAAAUCAGUUAAUUCUUCUUGUAUGUGAGAAGGGACUUGAACUGUAGCUGAGGGUUAACUUGGGUUAUAAGCUUGACAAUUUUUUCGAACAAAUUCAGUUUUAAAUGCAGCUGUACUUGUAUGUUUGGAAAUUGUUCUUUUUUCUGUCAUAGGCACGUCUAGCUGUACUUGCCAGUUUUCAUUAAAACAUGACUUAAUUUUAGUGUUCUAUUCAUAUUUUUGUACAUGCAGUAGGGCCUACUUGUUAUUAGAGUGACUUUUGUAAGUGUUUUAAUUUUAGUGUACUGUUAUUGUUUUUGUGCACACUUGUUAUCAGAGUGACUUUUUUUCAUAGGUAUUUGUUUAUCUCAACAUUUAAGUAAUACCUUAUUGACAAACAUUUAAAUGAAGUUUCAUCCAGGUACCUGUAUGCACAAUCAAUUUACACGGUUGUUAUAUAUGCGCCAUA